AGGCAUUCAGCGAGGUUAGACCUGCAGGGAGAACAAUGCCCGUGUUUCCACACGGAAGCAGAGACUGUCUAGGUACUAUUGAUUUUAUCUGCUUUGUGGUUACAGUUUGCUUGUUUAAGGGUUGAAAAGUUCAGUGCUAAUGCAGCAUAUAAAGGGACACAUUUGAAGUUGCUUUAUAAGCAGUCGAAGGGUAAGCAUCAGAUAUUUGCUUUGGAUCGGUUACUAUUUUCUUGCCAGCAUGUUGUAAAGUGUGUGAAUAUUAUCAGCACAUGAAGCUAGCAAUGUUCUGAUUGUUAUUGCUCUUUUUUUUUUUUUUUUUUUUUUUUUUUUUUAACCCCGAGGGUUAAUAAAAAAAAUCCUGUAGCUGCAGCAGCCAGGCUCACAAAUCUACUGUCAGGCAUUAAACAGCAGUCCCACACUCCUCGCGGGUUGUAAUAACACAGCGGCGCCUACACAUACACACAGAGUUUAUCCCCUCCAGUCAAGGAAAAUAAUGACACACGAGCACACCCUCCUAUAUCCCCAUUCAGUAGCUCUGCCUGAGGAAGCUGCUGUGCAGAGAAGGCUGUUGUAAGCAGGUGAUCGCCCUUAUUUGGUAGUGGCCCAGAUCAUGUGACCACAAAAUGGUGGAAGCUGUGAGGUGUUUGUAAGCUGAGCAUCUCCACCGAAGAGGCUGGGAACAGGAAAUAGGCAGGGGGAAAACUUGGAAGCACAUCCAUGCUCUGAGACCCAGGGAGGACACACAUUCCUGAGCCCCGGCAGCGGUCCUCCUGGGGAUGGACCUGGCAUCAGAGAGUAAAAUGAACUCUGAGGGGGGCGAAGGCAGACCAGUCCCUCCUACCUCUCUUCCCCUACAAGGAGGUGCCACCCAGAGAAAAAAGCUAUCUGCCCCCCGUAUCAGCCUGUCACUGGACCAGAGCGAGGAUGAUUUGGGGGAGACGCCAGAUGACCUUGACAUUAAUGUUGAUGAUCUUGACACUCCAGAUGAGGGGGACUACCUCGACUACACGGACCACGAAAUGGACUGGGAAGACCCGAAUGCAGCCAGCAGGAGCGGGACAAGUGAGCCUUAUGAUCCAAUCCCGACAUACAGCGCUGAGGAGGAGCGCCAGGAUGGCAAGCUAUGGAGGACGGUCAUCAUUGGGGAGCAGGAGCAUCGCAUCAACAUGAAGAUCAUUGAGCCCUACAUGAGAGUCAUUUCCCAUGGAGGCUACUAUGGCAACGGAGUGAAUGCCAUCAUAGUGUUUGCUGCCUGUUUCCUGCCAGACAGUGACAGAGAGGACUACCAUGAAAUAAUGGAGAACCUCUUCCUCUAUGUGAUCAGCACACUGGAGCUGAUGGUGGCAGAGGACUACAUGAUCGUGUACCUGAAUGGAGCCACGCCCCACAGAAGAAUGCCUGGUCUUGGCUGGCUGAAGAAAUGCUAUCAGAUGAUUGAUAGAAGGCUCAGGAAGAAUUUGAAAUCCUUCAUUAUCCUUCAUCCAUCAUGGUUUAUCAGGACCAUUCUAGCCAUUACCAAGCCCUUCAUCAGCGCCAAGUUCAGCAGUAAGAUAAAGUAUGUGAACAGCUUGGAUGAGCUGCAGAAACUCAUCCCCAUGGAAUACAUCCAGAUCCCAGAGUGCAUCAUUAGACUUGACAAGGAACUGAAGGAAGCAGCGGAGAACUCAAAAGUGAACAGUUUUCUGCAGGGACCCGAGCCAACAGCGGCAGGCAGAACAGAACCAGAUGUAGCGGGUGCCAGCAGCUCUUAAACCCAAACAUCCUAAAUGGAUACGUCACCUCAAUGUUCAGAAGUCACUGUUGUAUUGUAUGGCUGAAGCUGGAAAAGCAUAGGCAAAGGCUUGUUAAGCUAGUGUGUGUGCGUGUGUGUCAGUGUUUGUCAAUUAGACCUUGGGAGUUUAAUAUGAAAACACAACUUACAAUAGUCGACACUCAGAUCUCAUUCUUUAUGGCUGCUGUAGUAUCUACUGUACCUUACACCUGCAAUCCAGAAGAACUAGAUAGUCAAGUGUGAUGCUUGGCAGCACCUACAGAGUAGCAUCAACGUUCACGGGUAGCGUAGGAAAUUCAAUUACACACCAGACGGUGCACUGUGCAAAACCAUUUUGUAGAGUCUAUAGUGUUGUAGUUGUGUGUGCAUGAGAAGCAGUGAAGCAAUAACAGCACCCUUUACUGGUUACACAGUCUCAGUAUUUCAGAGAAAGAGCCAACUUGUGCGUCAGCAAUCUACAAUAAAAGCACAAGGUGAGGCCAAAAAAACCUUGUGCCAUAAACAAUGACCAACUUUUGCAUUUCAGCAAUCCAAACCUCCAAACCUCUUUUGUUCUAAAACUGGGAAAAUAGAUAUUUUAUCUUUAUAGAGUCAAACCAAGGAGGAAGGAAGUUAAAUAUAACAUCAAGUUGUCAGUGCAAUGUGAGAGCACGUCCUUUUAGCCAUGUUCUGGAAAUGUGUGUGCGCGUGCGUGAUUAUAGUCCGUCUGUCAUACAAAAAAAAAAUGGGAAUCAUCUCUUCAGCUUCUCUUGGAUCGACAGGAAAAAACACCUCAUACAAAAAUAACGAAAGGGAUCUCUAUAAAGCACAAUAUCUUCUUUGUGUGUGUGUGUGUGUGUGUGUGUGUGUGUGUGUAUUCACAGGCAUGUGUGUGCAUCAGUGCAUGCCCCCUCCCCCAUAGAUAACUGAUGGUCCUCUUAUCCAUUAGUCUUCUGCUAUGGUGUACUGAGGAUGUGCAAAGAAGUUAUGGAUCACUGUCUUAGUAAUUCAAUAAAAACAGACUUAAGUCUGAA